UUGUGUGAAACAUUUUUAUUUUGUGCUUGGUGUCACUAUCCAGUAGUAGUGUUUAUCUGAUGUUACCAGGUCUGUAUGUGAUCUGUUCCACACCCACAAAAUACAAUGCAGAAUUUUAUUUUAACAUUCUGUUUUCUCUGGAAUUUCCCCGUUUCGACAGUUUGGACACUAAAUUCGUCCAAACAGUGCGUGCAUGAUGAUGGCUUUAAUAUCUACCAAGACAGAAACAGAAUACGUCAUAUCCGGUCUGUAGAAAACACAACAAACAUCCCUGGUGGUCCAUUGAAACUUCCAAUAGGGACAAUCUUCAAUGCUCAAGAUCAACAACUCCGUUCCAGUUUCCGCCUAGCAUGUGAUCUAUACAAUCAAAAUACGGACAAAAAAUUCGAGCUAGCAUGGUCCACUAAAACGAUUGACGUCGCCAACAACUUCCAGCUGGCCACUGCUCUAUGUACUCAGAUGUCCAGUGGCGUAUUUCUCUUCUAUGGAAUGAAAGACAUCAACUCCAUAGACAUAGUGGAAUCCUACACAAGACGGUUCCACAUGCCCUACAUAUCUCCUAGCCUCUCCAGUGUGGUUACUCGUUAUGGCGCACCAUUUCAACUUCACAUGAAGCCAUCUUACACCAUGGCCAUUGUCGACAUGAUCAGAUUCUAUAAAUGGAAAUCAGUACACUUCCUGUAUGACUCGGAUGAAGGUCUGCAACGUUUACAGGAAAUCUAUGACUCGGAAAAAUCCAAAGAUUCCGAUUUGACAAUAGGAUUCCGCCGUCUUAAUGACGUGAACCAUGCUCACGAAGAGCUGAAACACCUGGACAGGUUCAUCAAGGAUCACCCGGAAAAGGCUAUCGUAUUGGACCUCACUUCUCAACAGGCGUAUAAAUCUCUAUUACGACAGAUUGCUGAAGUUGGAAUGAACAAACACAGUUACUUCUAUCUGUUGGCUACACUGGAUUUCUCCAAACUUGACUUUCAAAGAUUCCUACAUGGCGGUGUCAAUCUUACCGGCUUUGACCUUGUGUCAGAAGAUAAUGAUGAAAUAAGGAAAUUCAAUAAGCACUGGAUGAGCGCAAAAAAGUCGGAGUAUGCAGGAGCAGGGACACCACUAACAUCUGAGUCUGCAAUGGCAGUUGAUGCUCUUCGCCUGAUUGUGGACACGUUUACCCGGAUGUUAGCACACAACCAGCUGGUGUUCCAACCUAAUUUCCGGCGUGGAAAAGUUUAUAACAGUAAUUACAGCAAAGAAGGGAUACCUUGUAAUCGACUACAGUAUAAUGACCCACCUCCAAUCCCUUGGAUGCAUGGCGAAAACAUUACACAUUUCCUAAAACAGGCAGAAUUUGACGGUCUAACAGGGCAUAUAUCAUUUAAUAUAACGGGAUUUCGACGAAAUUACGCCUUGAAUGUUAGCACGGUAGGGCAAGAUCACGGUCCGGUCCGCAUAGGUCAGUGGACUCCGGAACACGGGUAUCGUACCCCAGACGAGGAACCGCCGGAUACCAGACCUGCCAUUCAAACGAAGAUCAAACGUAUCACCACAAUAUUGUCCCAGCCAUUUUUGAUGCUGAAGGAAAAAAAAGAUGGUAUACCAUUUGUAGGAAAUGACAGAUAUAAAGGUUAUGCUUUGGAUAUAGCGAAUGAGUUAGCAUCUCGACUCAAAUUCAACUUCACAAUGACUGAAGUAGCGGAUAAUGCAUAUGGUAUCAAAGUUAAUGGGACCUGGAAUGGAAUGAUAGGAGAACUCGUCCGUGGAGACGCAGAUCUUGCUAUAGCGCCUUUGACCAUCACUUUUGACCGGGAAAAAGACGUCGAUUUUACGAAGCCGUUCAUGAACAUUGGCAUAAGUAUUAUGAUUAAAAAGCCAGAUAUUGAGAAACCAGGGGUAUUUUCCUUUAUGCAGCCACUGGAGCUUGGAAUAUGGAUUUGUAUCCUAGUAGCAUAUGCAGCAGUAAGUGUAGGGUUGUUUCUAGUUAGUCGUUGCAGUCCUUAUGAAUGGAAGAAGGUGGCGGCAUUAAAAGGGGAAUACGAAAAUGAUUUUUCCAUUCUGAACUCCUUUUGGUUUUCUACUGGAGCCCUUAUGUUACAAGGAAGUGAUACGUGUCCACGGUCAAUAUCUGGACGGAUAAUUGGAACAGUUUGGUGGUUUUUCGUCUUGAUAAUAAUAUCAACAUAUACGGCUAAUCUGGCUGCGUUUCUGACUGUUGAGAGAAUGGUAGCGCCUAUUGAGUCAGCUGAUGAUCUAGCGAAACAGACAGAAAUCAAGUACGGAACGAUUUCCUCUGGAACCACCAGGAAAUUUUUCGAGACAUCAAAAGUGCCUAUAUACCAGCAGAUGUGGCACUUUAUGUCGACACAACCGUCAGUUAUGGUGGGGGAUAUGUCCACAGGAAUAGAACGAGUCCGAAACUCAAAAGGCAAAUAUGCAUUUUUAUUGGAGUCAUCGGGCAAUGAAUACAUCAACAGCCGGGAACCAUGCGACACUAUGAGAGUUGGUAGGAAUCUCAACUCUAAAGGGUUUGGGAUAGCCACUCCUGAAAAUUAUUAUCUGAGGGACAACAUUAAUUUAGCAGUAUUAACAAUAAAAGAGAACGGUUUCCUGCACAAAUUACAACAGAAGUGGUGGCAGGAUAAAAGUCAGUGUGCUCAGGAUAGUGGUAAGGGAUCUUCCGGGAAGAAGUCGCUGUCACUUAGCAACGUGGCCGGGGUUUUCUACAUCCUGAUUGGUGGACUAGUCAGUGCUGUCAUUCUAGGGGCCAUAGAGUUUGGCAUGAAAAGACUUCGCCUUGUACCAAAGCCUGCCUAUAUGAAAGGGACAGAAACGGCUACGUCAUUGAUAGACACGCCCUCAGAACGCGAAAAUGGUGACGUCAACGAAUACGCCGCUCCCCCUCCUCAUUAUCCAGCCGAUUUUUCCCAGGACAAAAGCGUAAGAACGUUUACAUACGGCACUCCUCAGUUAAUUGGAUUUGAAGCACUAGAUGACAGAAAUACCCAUACGGAUGUAUGAGUCCAACCCAUAUAGGAAUCUCCAGCGAUAUAUGGUGACAUCUCGUUAGUUCGGACACCUGUACACCAGCUGUCCGGAUUGUGGACAAUCUCAGCAUACAUGUGUGAACAUUACGACAGCGAUGUGAAUUAACACAUCGCCACCAAUGUAUGACAGAUUAUCAUGUUCCGGAAUGGAAACAUUAGGCGUACGCGUACAUAUUUCAGCUCUAAUCUUAUCAUAGCGCUCGAUAAAUUAUUGCGAUAAUUUGUUAUUCUUUUAAUUACAGUUUUGUACUAAUAUUGUGUUGUUGGUGUACAAAGUCAACAAUGUACUCAUCUGUUGAAGCUAUGCGUGUCGCUGAAAAUUUGGACGAGCUAAAAUAUGUACGUUUUUACAAUAUCUCACCCAGUCACCUGGAGGACAGAACAAUCAAUGCAAUAUGUCUUCCACAUAUCAAGCCAUGCAUGUAUAGCCAAAAGUGUAGAGCGUUAGUAUAAUACGUCACUGAUACGUUCUAGAUACACGUGUAUUUCGUAUUCGAGAAACAUUUUGCAAGUUAUGAACCUUGCGUUAGAAAACAAGUAAAAUGUGUAUCAUUAGUUACUAUAUACAUUCAGCUAUCAUUUUCUAGAUCCUUAAUUACUCAUUAAAUCAAAAUUUAUAUUCUACGAAACACGUGUAUAUCAAUGUAAUCACAAACUAUUACCUAAUUUGGUGUAUGUUACGAUUAAAUACUGAGAUCGUGACGUUAGAAAUUUCAAACAAAAAUACGAAAUUAUUUAGGGAUUGGUAUACUGUAUUAUUUGUUUAGCUGGACAUUUCUUCUUACAAAUCUGAUUAAUAAAUAAUUGGACAUAAAAUAAACAUGCAUAGCGCUAUACGAAACAGCUAGAUGUCUACCUUUACUAAUGAAUAGUCUUUAAUUCCAUUUCCUACUUCAAGAUCGUAUACAUUGUCAAUUCAGUUUUCUUCAUUCAGGAAAUCUAAUAGUCUGCUAUGUAUUAUCAUUUGAAAUUCCCACGGUCUUUAUUAGACAAUUGUGUAUUUAUACAUGUAUAGGGGAUUGUGCAUCGUUAUCGAUAUUAAAAUCAGAUUUAUGAAUCUACUUCAAGGAGUUUUAUCGUAGUAAGCCGCUGUCGAGCGGGGUUAAUCCCGUAUGAAAUAGAACAAAUAUAAGAUUAUGUUUAUCACAUGCCAAAAUCUUUUCUUGGAAGCUGUUUGUGUAACAUUGUGACGCCAAACCUUUGACGUCUGAAGUCAAUUUGAAGACUGUGCUACCAUUUUGUUUUCAUUCAAAAACGAUAGAAACCUACAGAAAUCAAACCGCUUUGUCUAUACAAUGGUUCUACCAGUCGGUCUGGUUUAGCAAUGAAUGGUACAAUAAACACCUGCUAUACCUCUAGGACUAUUCAAUGUAUUGUUUGAAGAUUUCGAAUGUCAACUUAUAUACGGUAUGCCAAGUUACGCGUUAUAUAUCAAAACUUAAGUUAUCAUUAUUAUUAUUACUAUAUAUGUAUUGGAGCUUCGUCGAUGAAUAUAAGAGAUUUUCAAAAAAAAAUUGUAAAAGCGGUAAUCUUAAUUAAGUAUUACAUUUAUUACUGGAAGAUAAAAGUGAUAAUUUUACUUGUAAUUUACUUUUGAGCGUAUAAGUACAUCUACACUAGAGAAAGUAAGAAAGAAAGUUUUGUUGAAGUGGAAAUUAAUAUAAUAACAAGUGUAUUUAGUUCCUAAAGAAAAAGUCUCAAAGGAUAAUUAUAGUCUUAAAACACACAGUCUUAAAGAAUAUAGUCUUAAAUCUUGAAAGGUAUAGUCCUAAGUCUUAAAAGAUGUAGCCAUAAGUCCUAAAAGGUCAAGUCUUCAAAGAUAGGCAUAGUCUCCUAAGAUAAUUUGAUGGUGGUUUUGAUGGAUGAAAAAAUACUACUAAUAUAACUUCAUAUUUAGGAUGGAGGGGACGCUAUUUAAAGAAUGAAUUAAACUUUUGUGAGAGGAGCUGUUCGAGUCCGAAAGACAAACAUUUUGUUUGGAAAGCAAUUAUCGUAUAUUCCAAGAGGCAUAACCUACCGAAUUUUACACAACACAGCUGGGGUCUCCGGAAGGAAAUCAGGAACAAAUAACGGGAUGGUUAAAUCGUCGCAAAUGCGAUAAUAUAUAUAUAUGACAUUGAAACAUCGAAUGCUUAAAUUCUUUUCUUAUUAUUUCAAACAUGUUGUUCUUAAAUUGUAUAUGACAACAUGCUGAUUUGAUUGACACUAAGUAAUACAAUGUAUUUAUAUAUACUUCACAAUACACCGUAUGUUAUAUAAAUGUUAACAUAUUAAACAUGU